GCGUCUCAGGAUGGCGAGCAGCAGCGGCUCCAAGGCCGAAUUUAUCGUCGGAGGGAAAUACAAACUGGUACGGAAGAUCGGAUCUGGCUCCUUCGGGGACAUUUAUCUGGCGAUCAACAUCACCAAUGGCGAGGAAGUGGCAGUGAAGCUAGAGUCCCAGAAGGCCAGGCAUCCCCAGUUGCUGUACGAGAGCAAACUGUAUAAGAUCCUUCAAGGUGGGGUUGGCAUCCCUCACAUACGGUGGUAUGGACAAGAAAAAGACUACAAUGUGCUAGUCAUGGAUCUCCUGGGGCCCAGCCUUGAAGACCUCUUCAAUUUCUGUUCAAGAAGGUUCACUAUGAAGACUGUACUUAUGUUAGCUGACCAGAUGAUCAGUAGAAUUGAGUAUGUGCACACAAAGAAUUUUAUACACAGAGACAUUAAACCAGAUAACUUCCUAAUGGGUAUUGGGCGUCACUGUAAUAAGUGUUUAGAAUCUCCAGUGGGGAAGAGGAAAAGAAGCAUGACUGUUAGUCCUUCUCAGGACCCAUCUUUCUCAGGAUUAAACCAGUUAUUCCUUAUUGAUUUUGGUUUGGCCAAAAAGUACAGAGACAACAGGACAAGGCAACACAUACCAUACAGAGAAGAUAAAAACCUCACUGGCACUGCCCGAUAUGCUAGCAUCAAUGCACAUCUUGGUAUUGAGCAGAGUCGCCGAGAUGACAUGGAAUCUUUAGGAUAUGUUUUGAUGUAUUUUAAUAGAACCAGUCUCCCAUGGCAAGGGCUAAAAGCUGCUACAAAGAAACAAAAAUAUGAAAAGAUUAGUGAAAAGAAGAUGUCCACUCCUGUUGAGGUUUUGUGUAAGGGGUUUCCUGCAGAAUUUGCCAUGUACUUAAAUUACUGUCGUGGGCUGCGCUUUGAGGAAGCUCCGGAUUACAUGUAUCUGAGGCAGCUAUUCCGCAUCCUUUUCAGGACCCUGAACCACCAGUAUGACUAUACAUUUGAUUGGACAAUGUUAAAGCAGAAAGCAGCACAGCAGGCAGCCUCUUCCAGUGGGCAGGGUCAGCAGGCCCAAACCCCCACAGGCAAGCAAACUGACAAAACCAAGAGUAACAUGAAAGGUUUCUAAGCAUGAAUUGAGGAAGAGAAGCAGCAGAGCAGAUGAUUGGAGCAGCAUUUGUUUCUCCCUAAAUCUAGACAUUUUAGUUCAUAUGUACACUAGCCAGUGGUUGUGGACAACCAUUUACUUGGUGUAAAGAACUUAAUUUCAGUAUAAACUGGCUCUGGACAGCAUUGCUGAUGCGGAUCCUGAGCUGUAGCCGCUGUAAUUGUGAAUAUUAACUGAGGUAGUGAAACAUGGUGUCUGGUUUUCUAUUGCAUUUUUUUUUUUCAAGUGGAAAAGUUACCUAAAUGGUUGACACACGAAUUGGUGGAGAAAUUGUGCAUAUGCCAAUUUUUUGUUAAAACCUUUUAUUUGAACUAUACUGCUUUGAGAUCUUGUUUCAGAAGAACGGCAUGAACAGUCUUCGGCCACAGUUGUGAUGGUUGUAAAUGUUCACAAUUGUGUGUUCUUAGGGUUUUCCAUCCCUGGGGUUUGCAAGUUGUUAACUUAAAACAUUCUUUAAAUGGCUGGCUUCUUGUUUGCAAGCCAGCUGAUAUGGUAGCAACCAAAGAUUCCAGUGUUUGAGCAUUUGAAAGACUCUGCCUGCUUACCUGUGCUAGAAAUAACAGCAUCUAAAGUGAAGACGUAAGAAAAAAAAAACAUAGCGACUACUAGAUUAUCCUUAGGACUCUGCAUUAACUCUAUAAUGUUCUUGCUAUUAAAAAGCAUAUUUGUCACGGAAAUUUAGUUACCGUCUUACAGCUGAACAUGUAUGUGUGUUGCUUAGAUAAAUGUAAUCACUGUAAACAUCUAUAUGAUCUGGGAUUUGUUUUUAUUUUGAAAUGGGAGCUUUUUGUUUACAAGUUCAUUAAAAACUAAAAACUGUUUCUGUAAGGAAGUGAAAUUUUUUUAAACAACAAAAUGCCUUGCUGACUCACUAUGAAGUGUAUCUCCCCAAUUUUUUGUUUUGUUUUAUAUUUUGAGACAGAGUCUCAUAUUGUAGCUCUAGCUGGCCUGGAACUCCCUGUAUAGACCAGGCUGGCCUAGAACUCUCAGAGAUACUUCUGCCUCUUCCUCCCUAAAUGCUGGGACUGAAAACAUGAGCCUUCGCACCCGGCUUGCCCUGAUUUUUUGAUAAGACUACUUCAAGCCAUUUGUUAUGAUAUUCCUUUGCUGAAAAAUUUUUUUGACCUGAAGAGAAAGGCAUUCUUUCACUUUUUGUUUAUAACUUGCAGGCACAAACCCCGUACUGCAGCUGCCAGAACUUUGGCAUUGACUCCUGCUGCCCCCUGCUAGCAGAUGGACUGAUUCUGAACAAGAGUGAAAGUGUUAAAGGGUUUAACUAGAUUAUAAUUUUUCUUUCUAAAAUCCUUGUGAAAUGGCUGAGAGAGUGUCAUACCGUGUGAAGCUAAUGAUUGUUGACUAUCUAGCCACACUUCUGUAGGUACCUGUGCACACUUCCAGUCUUUCUUGGACGCUCUCGUUUCUUUAGGUUUUUAUUUGGUUUUGGUUGUUUUUUUUUUUUUUUCUCUGAUCCAAGAGAAGGGAAAACUUACUGACAAGAAUUCUUUAAAUGGUGUAAUUUAUUAAUUUACAGCAUGUGAGGAUGAAUUAAAAGAACAUUUUUCUGAAAAUGCUGCCAGGAGCCUAUUGUGCAACUGUAGGUAUUUUGUAAAAUAAUCUUGAAGUGUAAAUUGAUAUGUGUUUGGUAAGAUUGUGUCCGAAUUAGUUUCUUGUGGUUUUUUUUUUUUUUCUUUUUCUUUUUUUUUUUUAACAGCAAUAAUUAACCCAGUGAUUGCCACAUUCUGACGCCUGAAAUGUAUUGGUACCAUAAAGCUGAAACAGUCUUAAGAGGUGGAUCUGAUGAUGUGGCAGCUGCAUGUUUCUUUUCUAACCAUGCUUCUUGGUUAAGAUGUUUCUUAACUAAUAAACCCUUUGAUACUUUUAGCCAGGAAUCAGUCUCAUCAAGCUACUUUUUUUUUUUUUUUUUUUUUUUUUAAGUAUAGUUUGUGUAAGAUAAAACAGUUCAACUUUGGUAAUAACUCCAAGUUGAACUCUCUCUCUAGCAAGAUAUUUUUCAGUGCUUUUAUUUACUAUGCACUUAGACUAUGCACUUUUUCUGAAAUAUUUUUGUAACACUUUUUUGUAUUUUUGCCAUUUGAAAGGGUUGUGGUGUCAUUGGUCUGUAAUUAAGUUGCAGGUUUAAAACUGCUGUUAGCUUUGUGAAUCAGAAUAUAGAAAUGUUUUUGUCCUGGUAUACUGUCAUUCCAUCUGCAGCUGGAGCUGGAAUCCCAUUGAUCGUCUAGCUGCCAUUCAUUUUCUUCACAGUUCACAAAGAAGAGUGAAAUUCAGUGAAUGCUGUUACUAAUCCUGUCUGGAAAUGAAUCUCAUUUCACCAAAUUAAUUAUGUUUUUCCACUAAAAUGAUGGUAUAUGUUGAAGACACAUCACUUUGAAAUUGGAAGACCUCACCACUAAAGGCUCCACAGUGGCUGACUCAGCUGAACUCUAGGUUACCACUCUUUUCUUUGUUCACCCGUUGGGUGAUGCAGCUUUUUUAAAUGUUGGGAGAUGGCCAUUCUAACUACUGUUGAAUGUCUGUUUUGGGAAGGUAUAAAAAGAAAAUAAAAAAAAGAAUAUA